AUGACAGUGUAUGGUGUUUUUACAAUAAAUAGAAAAUUAUUCUUCAUAUGUUUAAUUAUACUCGGUGAAUUGUCGAAUGUUGUUUCGACACAAAAAAGUGGAUCCAAUUCAAAAUCUGCAACAACACGUUCUACGCCAAAAAAAGUUACAACAACAAAAAAACAACUUGAAAUUUUAACUCCUCCUCCGAUUGUUAUUGAAGAACAAACAUGUUAUAAUAAAUCUACUGGUGAUGCAAUUCGUUGUCUACCAGAAUUUGUUAAUGCAGCAUUUCGUCGACCAGUUAUUUCAUCAAAUACUUGUGGUGAACGUUGGCAAAUUGAUUCAGCUAAUACUGGUACUGAAUAUUGUAUUCAAACAGGUCCACCACAAAGUGCAAUGUUCGGAGAUUAUUUAUCAAAUAAUGAACAAAAAAAUUGUCUAGUAUGUGAUAGUCGUGAUCCAACACAAGCUCAUCCACCUGAUUAUCUGACUGAUUUUAAUCAACGAGGAAAUCUUACAUGGUGGCAAAGUGAAACAAUGCUUGAAGGAAUUAAUUAUCCAAAUACAGUUAAUUUAACUCUUCAUCUGGGCAAGACUUAUGAUGUUACAUAUAUUAAAUUAACAUUUCAAUCACCUAAACCAGAGAGUUUUAUUAUAUAUAAACGUACAAAUGAAAAUAGUUCAUGGAUACCAUAUCAAUAUUAUAGUGCAUCAUGUAUGCUAACAUUUGGAUUACAACCUAAGAAAUAUCCUGAUUUUGAUACAGAAGCUAUUUGUUCAGAAGAUUUUAGUGAUUUAACACCAUUACAUGGAUCAGAAGUAGCAUUUGGUACACUUGAUUGGAGACCAGGUGCGGUUACAUUUGAAAUGCGUAAUGAUCUUCAAGAAUGGGUAACAGCAUCUGAAAUUCGUAUUCAACUUAUUCGAAUGAAUACAUUUGGAGAUGAAAUGUUUGGUCAACCUGCAGUAUUACGAACAUAUUUCUAUGCUAUAUCAGAUUUAGCUGUUGGUGGACGUUGUCAUUGUAAUGGUCAUGCAAAUAAAUGUACGAAGAAGGGUGGUGUGCAUAAAAAUGAAACUCGAUGUGAAUGUGAACAUAAUACAAUCGGGCGAGAUUGUGAUAUGUGUCAUUCAGCUUAUAAUGAUGCACCAUGGAAAGCAGCUGGAGUUAUAGAUGCACAUCCAUGCAAAGCUUGUGUCUGUAAUGGCUAUGCUAAAAAUUGUACAUUUAGUCGAGAAUUAUAUGAACGUACAGGACAUGGUAGUGUCUGUAUUGAUUGUGCUGGUAAUCGCGGUGGACCUAACUGCGAAAGCUGCAAAUUAGGUUUCUUCCGAUUACCGAAUACAGAAGGCGAAUGUUCUGCUUGUGGGUGUGAUCCUAUUGGCUCUGAAAGUAUUCAAUGUGCAACGGAUGGUCGAUGUCGAUGUAAACCGGGUGUUGUUGGUGAUAAAUGUAAUCAAUGUGCACCAUAUCAUUAUAAUUUUGGACCAAAUGGUUGCACACGAUGUACUUGUUUUGAACCAGGUUCAUCACAACCACUUCAAUGUAAUUCGAAAACUGGUCAAUGUUCUUGUAAAACACAUGUUGAAGGACAGAAUUGUGACAAAUGUCGACCAGGUUUCUUCAAUUUGGAUGCUACUAAUCCAGAUGGUUGUACAAAAUGUUUCUGUUAUGGACAUGCUUCAACAUGUCAAUCAGCACUGAAUUAUUAUUAUAAUCCAAUUCGAUCUUCAUUCUCCCAAGGAGCGGAUGGGUGGCGAGCAGUUAAUCAAACAAGACACGAAGCACAUGUUUAUAGUGAUAUGGGUAGUUAUAUUUAUGUACAAUCAUCACCUGGUCAAGAUCUAACAUUUGAAGCACCAGCUCAAUAUUUGGGUGAUCGUACUUUGUCUUAUAAUCAAUUUUUAACAUUUAUAUUAAUUUUACGUGCACCACCGAAUGUUAAUCGUAUGUAUACACAUGCUGAUGUAGCAAUUGAAGGUGCCAAUGGAAUAAAAGUUGGUGUUGUUAUUUAUGGUGGUGUACCACAAACAAUUCCAUCAGAAGAACCGCUUACAUUUCGAUUUAGAUUGAAUGAACAAUCUUGGUCACCAACAUUACCUUUCCUUGAUUUUAUGCGUUUACUAUCGAAUAUUACAGCUAUUCGUAUUCAUGCUACAUUUGGUGUUGAUAAUGCUGUUAGUUUUCUUGGUGAAAUAGCACUUGGACAUUCUUCACCUUCAGGUGGUCUCUUUCCUGUUGGCAAUGUUGAAUCUUGUUCACCAUGUCCACAAGGUUAUUAUGGCGAACGAUGUGAAUAUUGUGCUACGGGUUAUCGCCGAGAAGUAUCAUUUGGUGGUCCAUUUGCUGGUUGUAUACCAUGUCAUUGUCAUAAUCAUUCAUUUUCUUGUGAUGUUGAAACGGGCAGAUGUGCUUGUCAACAUCAUACAACAGGUGAUAAUUGUGAACGUUGUUUACCAGGUUACUAUGGCAGUGCACAUCGUGGAACACCAGAUGAUUGUCAAAAAUGUCCAUGUCCUGCUGGUGUUUCAUGUACUCAAUUACAAUUACCACAAGACCAUGUUGUUUGUUUGAAUUGUCCAGCUGGAUAUACAGGUGAUCGAUGUGAAUAUUGUGAUGAUGGUUAUUUUGGUGAUCCAGAAGGUCUUGUUACGGGUGUAAGAAGACCUUGUGAAUUAUGUAGUUGUAGUGGAAAUAUUGAUUCAAAUACAAUUGGUAAUUGUAAUACAACAACUGGAUAUUGUUUACGUUGUAAUCGUAAUACAUAUGGUGUUUAUUGUGAAAAAUGUCUUCCGGGACAUUGGGGUGACGCUUUACUUGAUAUUAAAUGUCAUGCGUGUAAUUGUCAUCCAAAAGGAACUCAACGUCAUAGUGAUAAUUCUCUUCUUCAGUGUAAUUUACAAUCAGGUCAAUGUUCAUGUAAAUCGAAUGUACAAGGACGUCAAUGUGAUCGAUGUGAAAAUGGUUACUGGAAUCUUAAUUCCGAUCGAGGUUGUGAAACUUGUAAAUGUAAUCCAAUUGGUGCUUAUAAUAUUUCUUGUUCGGUUAAUACUGGCCAAUGUUUUUGUAAACCAGGUGUAACCGGACAGUAUUGUGAUCGUUGUCUACCUAAUUAUUAUGGGUUUUCACCUGAUGGAUGUACAUCAUGUAAUUGUGAUCAAUAUGGUUCACUUGAUGUUCAAUGUGAUAUUGUUAGUGGUCAAUGUCCUUGUAAAGAAAAUUUCAUGGGACAACGAUGUGAUUUAUGUGAAGAAAACAAAUACCGAGAUGGUUUUGAAUGUCCAAAUUGUCCAUCAUGCUAUCGAGAGGUUCAAAAACGUGUUGAUCGUUAUCGACGAGAUCUUAAUGUAUUACAAAAUGCAAUAUCAACAUUAAAUUCCUCUCAAACACUUAAUUCAUUACGUGAAGAUAAACGAUUAACAAAUGAACUUGAUGCAUUGGCUACUAAUUUAAAUCAUUUGAAAACUGAUUUAAAUCGAGUUGGACUUAUUCAUCGAAAUACAUCCGAUUAUGAUCAACAAGAUAUACAAUUUAAAUUAAAUGUAACUGAAUUUGAAGCACGUUAUCGUAAAUUAGAACGUGAAUUACCCGAUUUUAUCCUACAAAAUGAUCGUAUUCGUGAUAUUCUUCAAAAAUCCAAUGAUACUUUCUUAAAUGAUACAACACGUCAAUUAACUCGAAUCAAUCAAUUAUUACAAACGAUUGCUCCAAUGGGUCGUACAAGUAAUAAUCAACAUGAAUCUGCUAUAAACAAAACGUUAUUUAUGCAAACACGUAUUAAUAAUAUUCGUGAAACAUUAAAAACAUUACAAAAAUCUUAUGAUGAUGCAUUAAAUCAAAGUCAACAGGCUGAACUUCUCCUUAAUACAAAAUUAAGUACUUCAGAAGCAUUAAUUCGUGAUCAAUUAGAAAAUAAUAUGAAACAACGUUUAUCAUCACUUGAUCUUCGUCGGCAGAAACUUGUUGAACAAAGUUUAAAUCUUGUUAGUCGUUUAAGCGAAGUCAAAACUUCAACAACAGAAUGGAAAUCAAAUUUAACGAAAUUAUCAAUUGAUGAAUCAAGUCUUACACUUGAUUCAUCGAAUAAACUUCGAGAUCGUGUUACGAAAAUUUCAGAAGAAGUUAAAAAACUUGAAGAUGAUAUGAAAACAUUUGUUAAUGAAAUGUAUAAAUUACAAGAUAUGUCAAAAAAUUUUGAUCAACAAAUAAAAUCGCUUCAAUUAUCUGUUCAAGAUGCUAGUCAAGAAACUCAAAAUUUGUUUAAUGAAGUCGAUCAAGCUGAACAUCAAGCUCAACGUGCUGUUGAUAAAUCAACUAUGAUCGAACGUGAAGUACAAAAAAUUCGUGAAAAUCUUCGUGCAUUUGUUCAAGAUAAAGAUACACAAAGUAAAGAUGCCGAAACACAAUAUAAUCGUCUUGAUUCAAUGCAGAUUCGUACACAUAAUAUUACAGAAAAGUAUUGGUCAGUUAAUAAGGAAUAUCUUUUACUUAAUACAACUAUUCAUGAUGCUAUGGAAAAUCAUACAAAAGUUAAAUUCGCUUAUGAAAAUAAUAAUGCUAUGCAAAGUGCCAAUACAAUUAAAGAACAAGUUGAUGCAAAAUUAAUUCCAUUAAAAACUGAAACAGAUUCAAUUGAUAAUCGAUCAUCAAUUGCUCUAAGUGAAAUAAAAGAUAUUAAAGCACAAGCGGAUAUACAUGUUCGUCGUAUUGAAAAAGCAUCGGAAAUUGGUAAAAGUUUAACUAAUAAUAUAAAUUCUGCUCGUGUUCAAGUUCAAAAAUUACUCGAACAACUCAAAUCAUUACAAUCAUCAUUGAAUUAUUCAACACAAAUAAAUAUAACUGAUUUAGAUCAAGUUGAAAUUGAAUUUCAACAAAUAUCAUUAGAUAAAGUUCUAUUUGGUAUUGAUCAAUUUUAUUCAGGUGCUUUUUAUAUUAAAAAUCGAACGGAUGAAUUUAUUCUUCAACAUGAUCAACUUAAUUAUCAAGUUAAUAAUCUACUUGAUAUAGCACAAUCAUUACCAACUGGCUGUUUUAAAACUAUACCAAUUGAAAAUAGUGAUGGGACACCUAGGGAAAGAUAA